UGCCUCGUAUACAUAACGUCUGCAAAAUGAUUGGAUAUACGGACAAGAAAUUCGUUUACUUCAAUGACAGCGAGUCAAAGUAUGACUGGAUCAUCAACAGUGGGCAAUUUAUGCUGAUGUUUAAAUAUCCACCUUUGGAAAAAACCUUUAGAAUCUUGCUUCAACCUCACUCACAACCUCCGUCAACACAUUCCAGUCCAUUAAAACUCCGCCCAUCUCUAAACCAAUUUCCCAAAUUGACCUUGGUCAACAACAAAGCUCCUUGUAAUCGAUCUUCAACAUCAUGAGCCCAGCAACACAGCCAUCCCAGGAACAACUUGAUGACUGGAAGGAAGCCUUCUCCAUGUACGACAAGAAGGGUAACAGCACCGUUUCUUCUGACAACCUCGGCGAUUUGCUUAGAGGCCUUGGACAAAACCCAACCCAAGCCGAAGUUCGCGAAUUGAUUCGAUCUCUCGGUGGCUCUGAUAAGCAUGAUGUUGAUAUCGACUUUGGUACCUUCCUUACCAUCUUGACGCGACCUGAUGGAUUCAAGCCCGCUGGAACUUCCCAGGAGUUUAUCCAGGGGUUCCAAGUCUUUGACAAGGAAGGUGAUAACCACAUCUCUGCUGGAGAACUCCGUUAUGUCUUGACUAACCUUGGAGAAAAGCUCACUGAUGAGGAAGUUGAUGAGCUCCUCAAGGAAGUUGAAGUUGGCAAGGACGGUCGUAUUAACUAUGUUGAUUUUGUCACCCUUAUCCUUUCCAACUAAACAUGACACAUUGGGAUAUCCUUCGCUUUCUUUCCAUCUUACUCCUUUUUAUUCUAUUCAAACAUCUGUAUACCACGUGAAAAUAAAGCGGCUUCGGCUGUAACAAAGGGAAAAAAAAUUGGUAAUUUGACAGGUCGUAUCGCGUGAUCUGUUACAUUUGACUUUACUUUAUACUACUACAAAAGCAAACGCACAACUUUACCAAAGCAUGAUUACAUACA